ACAACUCCCUUCCAUUCAUUCCUUAUUCCUGUCUUGGUUACUACCCCACUUCCUGACAUCAAACGUGGCGGAACGCGAGUGUUAGUAAACAUGGGCUUUGGUGUGUGGCCACAGCUGAUCUGGAGCAUCCCUCCCGCCCGCUCUUUACAGCGUCGGCGGGGUCUCGGGGCUCUACUGGCCAUGCCUUGAGCGCAGGGUCUAACUGGGCCGCCGUUGUUGUAGUGACCGGGAGGCGCUGCCGCUUUAGGCAGACGGUUCCGGGCGCCACACGGUCCCCUCUCGCCCCCUCCCCUCCCCUCCCCUCCCCUCUCCGGGUUCUCCCACCCUUAGGGGUCAAGCGCCGAACGCUCCUCCGAUGGCCUCAGCCACGGAGGACCCCGUUCUGGAGCGUUAUUUCAAAGGUCACAAAGCUGCGCUCACCUCCUUGGACUUCAGCUCCAACGGCAAGCAACUCGCUACUGCUUCUUGGGAUACCUUUCUCAUGCUAUGGAAUUUCAAGCCACAUGCUAGAGCUUACAGAUAUGUGGGUCACAAGGAUGUUGUAACCAGCGUACAGUUUUCUCCACACGGAAACUUAUUGGCAUCUGCCUCACGAGACAGAACCGUGAGACUCUGGAUUCCUGAUAAGAGAGGAAAGUUCUCAGAAUUUAAAGCUCAUACAGCUCCAGUUCGAAGUGUAGACUUUUCAGCUGAUGGCCAGUUUCUAGCUACAGCUUCUGAGGACAAAUCCAUAAAAGUAUGGAACAUGUAUCGCCAGCGCUUCCUGUAUUCCUUAUAUCGACAUACACACUGGGUACGCUGUGCCAAAUUUUCACCUGAUGGAAGACUAAUUGUGUCAUGUAGUGAGGAUAAAACUAUUAAAAUUUGGGACACCACAAAUAAGCAAUGUGUUAAUAACUUCUCAGAUUUCAUUGGACUUUAUAAAUUUUUCUUUGAAUUUUUUGCUUCUCUUUUCUACAAAUCAGUUCACAGCAGUGGAGUUAAUUGCAUAUCAUUCCAUCCUUCGGGUAACUAUCUCAUCACAGCUUCUUCAGAUGGUACCCUUAAGAUUCUGGACCUCUUAGAAGGAAGGCUCAUCUAUACACUUCAAGGACAUACGGGGCCUGUCUUUACUGUUUCAUUUUCAAAAGGUGGAGAGCUGUUCGCAUCAGGAGGUGCAGACACACAGGUCUUAUUAUGGAGGACUAACUUUGAUGAAUUGCACUGUAAAGGUCUUAAUAAAAGAAAUCUCAAAAGAUUGCAUUUUGAUUCACCACCUCAUCUUCUUGAUGUCUACCCAAGAACACCACAUCCCCAUGAGGAAAAAGUUGAGACUGUUGAAAUUAAUCCAAAGCUUGAGGUAAUCGAUUUGCAGAUCUCUACUCCCCCUGUUGUGGAUAUCCUUUCUUUUGAUUCUACCACAACAACAGAAACCAGUGGUAGAACUCUGCCAGACAAGGGUGAAGAGGUCUGUGGAUAUUUCUUGAACCCCUCCUUAUUGUCACCAGAAUGUUCACCAACAACCACAAAAAAGAAAACAGAAGACAUGAGUGAUCUCCCCUCCGAAAGUCAAAGGAGCAUACCUCUUGCUGUGACUGAUGCUUUAGAGCAUAUUAUGGAACAACUCAAUGUUUUGACGCAGACUGUUUCAAUCUUGGAGCAGCGACUGACUUUGACAGAGGAUAAACUGAAAGACUGCCUUGAAAAUCAGCAAAAGCUUUUCAGUGCUGUUCAACAGAAAAGCUGAAUAAAAAAUUCAUUUUCAUUUGUUGGGCAGAGGCACAAUAAAUGAACAAAUGUACGUAGGAAGGCAGUGCAAGAUACUCCACGCAACACAACCACGUGCUUUUUAUUCCACAGCAAGAAUACACUUACCGUGGCAUUUCUUAAAAGGGUGAGCAACAGAACAAAAGGUAGUAAAGGCAUAUUUAAGGACUAAUUUAAAUACACAAAUCAAUGUGAAGGACUAAUUUACAUUACUGUCAUUUAUGAUUGCAGUAAUAAAGUGAUAAGCAUUCAAGCAACUGUAUUUUCCCCAUAUUAUUUCUAAGUGUCCAUUUUCAUUUCUAGGCCAAAUCCUGCCAGGAGAGUAACCAAAUCUCUAGAUUUCACUGUUAAAUCAUUUUGGAUUCACCACAUUCAGACAGUCAUGGGGUGAAAUAAUUCACUUCCCUGUAAAAUAGCAUCCUGUAUGCAAAGAAUGAGUUAUUGAUCUGACUUUUUAUAUUUCUUUCUGUUCAAAAAAAUUAUCCUUACUAAUGCCUUGAAAAGAUGAAUAAAAAUUCCCAGACCACAGAAUUUCCACAGCAAGAAUACAGUUAUUUUAAUUAACAACAGCAUAGAUAUGUCAUAGGGUUGUUUUACUUAAUUUAUGGUGUACUUUGCUUAUCCAUUGGCCAACUGGAAGGAAAUGAAACACACCUUUCUAUCACAGAUGAAUGUGCUGAAUGAUUUGGGUUGUAUCUGAUCAUGGUUCACAAAAAUUGUGUUAGUGUGAUUUCAGUAUGCCAAAAAGCCAGAGUGAUGCAACAGUGACAUUUAAAAAUAUGCACACGUGUGUGUAUACACGCUUCAGAAAUAUUGUUGCUUAGGGUGCUUUGGGCAGCUAAAUAGUAAGUACUUUUUAAAUUUUAGCAUCAUCAUCUUCCUAUUUAAUGAAUUGUGAUUUAAAACACAAUGAAAAUGAGCCAGGUAUUCUAAAAGAUCCUGGUUACAAAAUUAAGAAAUUAAUUUUAUUUUAAACCAAAUUGAGAUUAAAUUGGAGAAAAGCAAGCAAAUUAAUUUCAGCUUGAUUAUCAACUUGUAUCAAGAACAAAGAUGGAAGGAGGUGUCCCCAUUUAUGGUGUGUAUAGGUAACAUAGGGAAAAUACUAUUCUGUGUUUUGGAAGAGAAGAAAUAGUGCCUUCCUAUUUAUUUCUAUAUCUAGAAAUUUUUCUCAAAUUUCAGUUGUAUCUAUGAGAUGGGUUUCUAAGUAUCUUAUUGUGUGUUAUAAGUGCCUUUUUAUAUCAUACUAAGUGUGAGCUUCUGGACAUUUUCAAGAGCUUACAAAGACUAAGUGGCUUUGUAUUUUUAUAACCUCAUUGAGAAGACUAAGAAACAAAUGAAAUGUCCUAUCAAUUUUGUUUACUUCGUCAUGCUUCAAACAAUAAAGACAUUUUUGCUUUAAAAG